UUCAAACAAAAACAAUAAAUGGCAAAAGCGACGGGUUCUCAAUUGGCUGCAAGCCUGCAAGGGGCUAAAAACGUACUAAAAAGAGAACGUUUUCUUCUUCACAAAAAGAAAAUUAAAACAAGAAGAUAUCAUCCACCCAGCCUCAUCACUGGCACUGGCAAUGGCAAGACCUCAACCCCUACGGCCCUUUUCCAAUGUCCUAAGCAAACCAAACUUCCCCAAGAAUUCCCAGCUCUCUCUCCUUUAGGUGAAAGUUCCCGACAUUCCUAUUGUGUUUUUUGAAGAUUCUGUGAAGACCCUUUUGAAUUCCGUGUGGAUAAAGUGAUUUAGAGCAGGAAAAAAGGUAUGGGUACUUUGCAGAAGAUUCCUAGUAAGCUUGAAUUUGGGUUUUCUUUAUGUGGAUAUACUGAUAAAGUUAGUGCCUUGAGCUCUUUGAAGCCUCAAAACGAGGUCCCUCUUAAGUUUGGUUCUAAUAAGAAGUCUAAUUUGAGAUGGGAUUGUAAAAUUAAGGCUCGAAGUAGUAGUAGUGCUGCAUUGUUGGAACUUGUUCCUGAAACCAAAAAGGAAAAUCUUGAUUUUGAGCUUCCUAUGUACGACCCUUCAAAAAGGGUAGUGAUUGAUUUAGCUGUUGUGGGUGGUGGCCCUGCUGGGCUUGCUGUUUCACAGCAGGUAUCAGAAGCAGGGCUUUCUGUUUGUUCAAUUGACCCUUCUCCCAAAUUGAUUUGGCCGAAUAAUUAUGGUGUCUGGGUGGAUGAAUUUGAGGCCAUGGAUUUGUUGGACUGCCUUGAUACCACUUGGUCAAGUGCCGUGGUUUAUAUUGAUGACAAAAACUCUAAAGAUCUUGAAAGACCGUAUGGUAGAGUUAACAGGAAGGCAUUGAAAUCAAAAAUGAUGCAGAAGUGCAUUUCAAAUGGUGUAAAAUUUCACCAAGCCAAAGUACUCAAAGUUAUCCAUGAGGACUCUAAGUCUUUACUGAUCUGCAGUGAUGGUGUUACGAUCGAAGCAGCCGUGGUUCUUGAUGCAACUGGAUUUGCCAGAUGUUUGGUUCAGUACGAUAAGCCAUACAACCCUGGCUAUCAAGUUGCCUAUGGGAUUUUGGCUGAAGUAGAAGAGCACCCGUUUGAUGUGAAUAAGAUGGUUUUCAUGGACUGGCGAGACUCGCAUCUUUCUAACAAUGUGGCGUUGAAGGAGAGAAAUGAAAGGAUACCGACUUUUCUUUAUGCUAUGCCAUUUUCAUCUGAUAGAAUUUUCCUCGAAGAAACUUCUCUUGUAGCUCGUCCAGGAGUUCCUAUGGAGGACAUCCAAGAAAGAAUGGUUGCUCGGUUGAGGCAUUUGGGCAUUAAAAUAAGAAGUAUUGAAGAGGACGAGCGUUGUGUGAUUCCGAUGGGAGGUCCCCUUCCAGUAUUACCACAGAGAGUGAUUGGAAUUGGCGGUACAGCUGGUAUGGUGCACCCUUCAACUGGUUAUAUGGUAGCAAGGACUCUUGCAGCAGCUCCUAUUGUAGCAAAUGCCAUUGUUCGGUACCUUGGGUCUGCGCAAAAUCCACUAGGUGCCGAAUUAUCUUCAGAAGUUUGGAAAGAUUUAUGGCCAAUAGAAAGGAGGCGCCAAAGGGAAUUCUUCUGCUUUGGCAUGGAUAUCCUGCUGAAGCUUGAUUUACAUGCCACCAGAAGAUUUUUUGAUGCUUUUUUUGACCUUGAACCUCGAUAUUGGCAUGGCUUCUUGUCGUCACGGCUAUUUCUUCCUGAGCUGAUUACUUUUGGCCUUUCGCUUUUCGCAAAUGCCUCCAAUACCUCAAGGUUUGAGAUAAUGACAAAGGGCACUCUUCCUUUAGCGAACAUGGUAAACAAUUUGUUGAAGGAUGUAGAAUAAUGAAACUGAGAUUUAUGUACACUGUGUGCAGUUGUCUUCUUCAUAGUUUACCAUUCAAGUGACUGCUGAAACUGCCAAAAAUGACUUCCCUCAUGAACAGUCUCUCUUAAGGUUAUCUCUUCUACUUUUUAAGUUCUUGAAAUGAAGUCAUGAAGGCAUUACUUGUAUAGUUACCUUCAUAGGAUGACUAUACUUUGAGAUUGUACAUAAGGAGAUAAAUGCAAGUGUGCAUUUUAUAUCUUAAAGAUUGUAACAUUCUGAAUUACAUAUAUGCCAAUUGAAGUUAUUCAAAUAUUUUGUCAGUUUUUAUGCGUUUUACGAGAAAUUUGAACUUUGUGUGUAAUAUUUGGAGCCGUGAAGUUGUAAUCUUGUGAGGACAUGAAAUGUAUGAAACCCGUGAUUCUUGAAGCAUUGGUUGCACUCUUCAUUAUUCAUUUUAGGAAC